CGUAAUAUGACGUAAACGGUCGCCCUAAUAUGACGUCACAUCCACGGACACAUCCGAAAGCUACGCCACACGCACGGGUCCAGUCUGCAGAGCGUCGAUGGAGCUUCAGUCUGCAAAGACAGAGAUGCUAAAUGAGGGAGGAGACGUGGAAGGAGGAGGACAGAAGUCACAGAUGAAGAGGAGACAGGAGGAAGACGAUGGCCGGGUCUCACCCCCCAAGAAGCUGGUGAUCGAUCACAGUGUGAAGGUCGCGAGUCACUACAAUAGCUUGCAGGAAGUCGGUCUGGCUGCGAGAAGUCGAAGCAGAAUCUUCUUCAUGAGGAACUUCAACAACUGGCUUAAGAGUGUCUUGAUUGGGGAGAUCCUGGACCAGGUCCGGGAGACAGGACCUCAGCAGGUCUCUGUGUUGGACCUCGGCUGUGGGAAAGGAGGAGACCUGCUGAAGUGGAAGAGAGGAGGGAUCAAUCACCUGGUCUGUGCAGAUAUAGCUGGAGUGUCGGUGGAGCAGUGUCAGAGUCGGUACGAAGACAUGAAGAAGAAAAGUCACGUCAACGAGAAAAUCUUCAAUGCUCAAUUUAUCAAUGCAGACUGUUCCAAGGAGGUUUUGUCGGAGAAGCUGGACGACCCAGAGCAGAUGUUCGACAUCUGCAGCUGUCAGUUUGUUUAUCACUACUCAUUUGAGAGCGAACAGAAGGCCAACAUGAUGUUGAGAAAUGCCUGUGAGCGUCUGAAGCCUGGAGGCUUCUUCAUCGGAACGACCCCGGACGCCUUCGAACUUGUUAAACGUUUGGAGGCGUCAGACUCUCUGUCCUUCGGUAAUGAGGUUUUUAAGGUUUCCUUUGGGUCCAAAGGGUUCUACCCUCUGUUUGGGUGUCAGUAUCACUUCAGCCUUGAGGACGUUGUCGAUGUUCCAGAGUCCCUCGUCUACUUCCCUCUUUUUGAACACAUGGCGAAGCGGUACAACAUGCGAUUGGUGUUGAAGCAGCGAUUUUCUGAGUUCUUUGAAGAGAAAGUGAAGAAGGAGCAUCAUCGCAGCCUCAUGAUGAAGAUGAUGGCUUUGCAGCCAUUUCCUUGUGAGGAUGGAGGUCGACAGGCUGCAGACAGCAGAGGCGAGUACGGCCAUGCUGAAGAGCACAGUGUCAGAGCCGGCGUCCAACUACCACUGGGCACUCUCAGCAGAUCUGAGUGGGAAGCAGCCAGUAUCUACCUGGUGUUUAUUUUUCAGAAGAUGUCUUGAUGCUCCACAGAAGCUCUGAUGUCAGCUGCUGCUCACCUGUUGUUCAUGUUGGGUUUGUGCAGUGUUCAUUUUGUUACUUUUAAGGCAUUAUUUUGAUAAACUAUGAACUUUGUUAUUUUUGUUAUCUAAAUAAAUUCAAAGUAAAUAUAAA